CGUCACCUUUGUUGGACGCUACCGGAGUCGAAGAGCUCGCUGUUGGGAUUAGCCUGGAGCCUGGAGGACGCCACUGGAGGACGUUUCGCUAAAAAUUAACACAGCUCAAGUCUACUUUUAUGCGUCGUGUCACUUGUCGUUACUUUAUCGGAUAUGUUUUCUUUCUCGUCCUCAGUGCAGCCGCAGGUCACGGUUCCCCUGAGCCACCUGAUCAGCGCCCUUCACGCUUUAAAAGGAUCAGUGGUGGAACCUAAGCGCAGAGACAGGAGGACGGAGCAGGAGAUAAACUUCACAGAGCCGUCAUGGAGCCUCAGAGACAUGGGGUUGGCCGAUCUGGGAGUCGGGCAGCUGGACAGACUCGUGGACAGACUGUUGCCGUGCGUGACUCAGGACGUGUCCUCAAUCCCCCCUAAAGCGGAGUCGCACCCCUGGAGGACGUCCUACCUGUCCACAGACUCUUUCUUUCACAACAAAUACGGUUUUGCCCUCAGCAGGGUGGGAGCGGCAUCAUCUGUUUUUUGCAAACCUUUAGGGUUUCGGACCGCGUGUGCCGACAUGAACAUCUGGCCAGUGUUGCUCCAAAGACGAGGCUUUAAGACCCUGAAGUCCAAAACAAGGCGACUUCAGACCAGCUUUGAACAUCCGCAGGACACGGACACGUUCACGCCGUCAUUCAUGAAGGGCUUACUCUUGCGGGACAGGGGUCAAGCUCCGGAGACUUUAGACAACCUUCUGAAAAGCAGGAACAUUCCAGACGCUCAUCAGGACGCUUUCAAGACGGGUUUCGCCGAGGGCUUUCUGAAAGCUCAGGCUCUCACACAGAGAACACAAGAGUCGUUAAGGCGAACACGGCUCAUCCUGUUGGUCCUCUUGCUGGUGGGACUGUAUGGACUCUCCAAAACACCGUUUCUCUCGGUGCGAUUCCGAACCACAUCAGGCCUGGACUCGGCAGUGGACCCCGUCCAGAUGAAAAACGUCACCUUCGAGCACGUGAAAGGAGUGGAGGAGGCCAAGAACGAGCUGCAGGAGGUGGUGGAGUUCCUGAGGAACCCGCAGAAGUUCACCGUCCUGGGAGGAAAACUCCCUAAAGGGAUCCUGCUAGUUGGACCUCCAGGAACGGGGAAAACCCUGCUGGCUCGUGCUGUGGCGGGGGAAGCUGAAGUGCCUUUCUACUACGCCUCCGGGUCCGAGUUCGACGAGAUGUUCGUCGGUGUCGGUGCAAGCCGCAUUAGGAACCUGUUUAGGGAGGCCAAAUCGAACGCUCCGUGUGUGAUCUUCAUCGAUGAGCUUGACAGCGUAGGAGGGAAAAGAAUCGAGUCUCCCAUGCAUCCGUACUCGAGGCAGACCAUCAACCAGCUUCUGGCUGAGAUGGACGGAUUUAAACCAAACGAAGGCGUCAUCAUUAUUGGUGCUACAAACUUUCCUGAAGCUUUAGAUAACGCCCUGAUCCGUCCCGGACGCUUCGACAUGCAGGUCACCGUCCCCAGGCCUGACGUGAAGGGACGGACGGAGAUUCUGAAGUGGUACCUCAAGAAAAUCAAAGUGGACUCGGCUGUGGAGGCCGAGAUAAUCGCCAGAGGAACGGUGGGUUUCUCCGGAGCCGAGCUGGAGAACCUGGUGAACCAGGCCGCCUUGAAGGCUGCGGUGGACGGAAAAGACAUGGUGACCAUGACUGAGCUGGAGUUCGCCAAGGACAAAAUCCUGAUGGGCCCGGAGCGCCGGAGUGCCGAGAUAGAUAAGAAGAACAAAAUGAUCACAGCCUACCACGAGUCAGGACACGCCAUUAUCGCAUACUACACCAAAGAAGCCAUGCCCAUCAACAAGGCUACGAUCAUGCCCAGAGGCCCCACCCUGGGUCAUGUGUCCAUGCUGCCAGAGAACGAUCGCUGGAGCGAGACCCGAGCUCAGCUUCUGGCCCAGAUGGACGUCAGCAUGGGGGGCCGCGUGGCAGAGGAGCUCAUUUUCGGAAACGAGAACAUCACCACAGGAGCGUCCAGUGAUUUCGACAGCGCUACAAAAAUCGCCAAAAUGAUGGUGACGCAGUUCGGCAUGAGCGAAAAGCUCGGCGUCAUGACGUACACCGAUCUGUCGAAACAAAGCCCCGAGACGCAAGCAGCCAUCGAACAGGAAGUCAGGACACUUCUGAGAGAUUCGUAUGAGCGCGCAAAAGCUCUCCUCAAAGCUCGUGCGAAAGAGCACAAGAACCUGGCCGAGGCUCUGCUGAGGUACGAGACGCUGGACGCCAAAGAGAUUCAAAUGGUCUUAGAGGGGAAGACUUUGGAAAGCAGAUGAUGAGUCGAUGAUGUGAUGUGUGUGUGGGUGUGUGAGAGAGAGAGAGAAUGUAUCUAAGCACAUAAGCAAUAGAACUUCCUGAUAGGCUUACACUCUGUGGACACACGCUGAAAUUCACACUACUCCCUCUUUCCCACUUAGCUGAAGUUCUUUCCAGGUAAGUUCUCCAGAGUGGAGAGGUGACGAGUAUAUGCAGAGAAUAAAGGGGUCAGAUGACGCGUUAUCCUGCUCACGGCGGCCUUUAGAAAAUGUACAGAGAAAUUGGGAGGAAUUUUCAACGCACUUUGUAGGUAUAAUGACACGGAUGUACGGUACUGUGCAAAAGUCUUAGGCACACUAAAUCCCAGUUUAAUUAACAAAACAAAGUCAGUAUUUGGUGUGAGGACACUUUAGCGUCAAGUACAGUUAGUGUAGAUUUAUAAGGAAGUCAGCUAGGUUUUAAUUAGAAUUCUGCAGAACCACACACACUUCCUGUGUGGUCGAGCUACUUUAUUUUCUGGUGUACAGGUAUUUUUCUUUAACAUUUGAUUUUGUGGUGGAAAACUGAAAUUUGAAAAUCAGAAAUUAUUUUGUACUGAAUAAAUAAAGUUUGUACUUAAACUUUUGUGCCCAAGACUUUGUGCACAUUAACAGAGAGAGAGAGAGAGAGAGUGAGGGUUGAGGGAUAAACUGCUGCUUUCAAGAUCAUUUUCUUCUCAUUUUUUUCACCCAGAAUGCUGGAUUACUUUCUCAUAAUUCCAUAGGAAGGUUUGCAGAUCAAUACACAGACUGUACACGUUCAUUCGUACCGACUUUACCAAAGACGGGGAUUUCACAAUCUAGAAAACAUAAUGUAUAGAUGAAGAAAACUCCGGUACUGCAGUAGAUCACAAGGUCAGAGCACAAUCUAGUUGUAUUCUAGAUUUGAAAAUUUUAUUUAACAUGGUUCUCAUUUUCCUCAUGAAAACUAAAAAAGCAAGAAACAUGAUCUAAGCAUCUGUAUAUAAGCUGUAUUAUGUAUUUGAGGGAGAAAAAAAAUCUAUAUUUAAAAGCCUGGCACAUGUGUCUAUUGCUUCAUUAGUAAAAAAUAACACUUUAUUCUUAGCGCGUAUGGUUUGGUUUGGUCAACACUUACUCUUUCCCCUUCCUUAAUCCAAUCUAUGUUUAAUCAUGUAUGUGUAUAUAUAUUAUUAAAUCUAUGUUGGACAUUUUAUUGUUGUAUAUAAGUGUAUAGAGCGCAAGUUUAAGGUUUGAUGGAUUUUUAUUUUGAAUUGAGUUUGUGCAAUGUGGAAUAAAAACUAUAUGAUGAACUGUGAUUUAAAA